AUGCAGACUGUCUUUGUCAGAUCAUAUUCUCUUUUGGAAACGGCCCUUGAUUGUUUCCAAAGCCAAAUGCAUGGAAGAUACCGGCAUGACAAGAGGCUAAGCUGUGGCCGUUUGCUUCCUGCCCUAAGCACCAUGGAUCUGCACCUCUUCGACUACUCGGAACCGGGGAACUUCUCCGACGUCAGCUGGCCGUGCAACGGCAGCGACUGCAUCGUCGUGGACACGGUGCUGUGCCCCCACAUGCCCAACAAAAGCCUGCUGCUGUACACGCUGGCCUUCGUUCACAUCUUCAUCUUCGUGAUCGGCAUGAUCGCCAACUCCGUGGUGGUCUGGGUCACCAUCCAGGCCAAGACCACCGGCUACGACACGCACUGCUACAUCCUCAACCUGGCCAUCGCCGACCUGUGGGUGGUGGUCACCAUCCCCGUCUGGGUGGUCAGCCUCGUGCAGCACAACCAGUGGCCCAUGGGGGAGCUCACGUGCAAGAUCACGCACCUCAUCUUCUCCAUCAACCUGUUCGGCAGCAUCUUCUUCCUGACGUGCAUGAGCGUGGACCGCUACCUGUCCCUCACCCACUUCGCCGGCACGUCGAGCCGCAGGAAGAAGGCGGUUCGCCGCACCGUCUGCGUCCUGGUGUGGCUGCUGGCCUUCUGCGUGUCCCUGCCCGACACCUACUACCUGAAGACCGUCACGUCGGCGUCCAACAACGAGACCUACUGCCGUUCCUUCUACCCCGAGCACAGCGUCAAGGAGUGGCUCAUCAGCAUGGAGCUGGUCUCCGUCGUGCUGGGCUUCGCCGUCCCCUCCUGCGUCAUCGCCGUCUUCUACUGCCUGCUGGCCCGAGCCAUCUCGGCGUCCGGUGACCAGGAGAAGCAGACCAGCCGGAAGAUCAUCUUCUCCUACGUGGUGGUCUUCCUCGUGUGCUGGCUCCCCUACCACGUGGUGGUGCUCCUGGACAUCUUCUCCAUCCUCCACUACCUCCCCUUCACCUGCCAGCUGGAGAACUUCCUGUUCACGGCGCUGCACGUCACGCAGUGCCUGUCGCUGGUGCACUGCUGCGUCAACCCCGUGCUCUACAGUUUCAUCAACCGUAACUACAGGUACGAGCUGAUGAAGGCCUUCAUCUUUAAGUACUCGGCCAAAACAGGCCUCACCAAACUCAUCGACGCCUCCAGAGUGUCUGAGACGGAGUACUCGGCCUUGGAGCAGAGCACCAAGUGA